ACCAACCCAAAACACAUUUUCUCUGUGGUUUAACUACUAUCCCUUUUUUUCUAAUUAGAAGAAAUUGCAUUGUUCUCAUACUCCUAUAUAAAUGCUUCACUUACAUUCUCAACAUGCCAAAGUCCGUCCAGUCACUAUGUCCUAUUAUUGGUCCGAAAAACGUACCAAUGUAGCCCUUCAGCUCACUGAUAAUUGGCAAGAAAAUUAUGGAAUUGGUCGUCGCCAUGAUCGCGAUUAUUGGUAUGCAAGACGGGCAUUUCUGAACAGUUAUCAUUUCUCAGAAGAAAAUGGUUUCAAAUACAAGUUACGAAGGUCAGUGAAGGAGCUCAACGAGGUGGCCACCGGGGUUGUAACUGACAUUCGUCGAAAAAUGUCUAAGAGAAAGCUUGGAAUUAGGGUUUACAGGUUCACUGUGGCUUUGCAAUCUCUGGUUCUUCUAAGUAUAAGAUGUUUUACACCAUGGUUGAAUAAAAGAGAUUCUAAGCCAUGACCUAUUACUCAAUGGGUUGGUUGAAUAAGUGACAACAUGACUACAUGUAUUGUCACUAAGGAAUUAAUUAAAGCGUGGUAAACCUUGUUUCCUACUAUAGUUGUAGUUAAUCUUGUUUUCAAUUUUAAUGUAAUUUUCCGAUAGUAAUCGGAAUAUUGCAGCAGUUUUACAUAAAAGUUUGUUUGCUUUUGAUGAUUUGCAUGGAUACUUCAGUUUCGGAGCUGUAUAAGUAUUCAAUAAAAAAGGAUAAGUGAUUAAAUAACUUAGAAAUUAUGUCUC